CCGGGUCGCGGUCGCGGCGGCGGCGGCGGCGGCUGCUGGACGGACCGAGUACGCAGACGAGAGCGAAGAGACGCGACCCCGCGCCCGCCCGGCGCUCCCGCCAUGGCGAUGCAUUUCAUCUUCUCAGAUGAGGUAGUCCUUCUGUUUGAUUUCUGGAGUGUCCACAGUCCUGCAGGCAUGGUACUCUCGGUGCUGGUGGUCCUGCUCCUGGCCGUGUUGUAUGAAGGCAUCAAGGUUGGCAAAGUCAAGCUGCUCCACCAGGCCCUGAUGAGCCUGCCCAGCCACCCCGACCAGCUCAUCGAGGAGGCAGACCGGAUGUCUGAAGGCUCAGAUUCACCCCCAGUCAGCAGAACCCACCACAGGUGGUUUUUGUGUCACUUUGGCCAGUCUCUAAUCCACAUCGCUCAGGUGGUCAUCGGCUACUUCAUGAUGCUGGCUGUAAUGUCCUACAACACCUGGAUAUUCCUUGGCGUGGUCCUGGGCUCGGCUGUGGGCUACUACCUAGCAUACCCACUUCUCAACAUGGUUUAGCAGGCGGGGGUAGAAGCACUAAGGGCUGGAGGGAGCUGGGGCCCCCCCUUUCCCCACACAUUGUACUUCCAGCCCCACGUCUGCUGUUUCUUCUGAUGGUUAUUCUGCACCUCAUACCCUAGCUCCUGGAAACUUUCAGGUAAAGCCAGCUCUUGUUCCCUGGAGUUCAGUGGCCAUUGCAGUUACCUCCUUCAGCCAGCCUGCAUAGGGCCCUGUCUUAGUCUUCUUAUGCCUAAAGAAGACUGCUAUGACCAAAGGAAGAAAGGAGAGAGCAGAAGCUAGGGCAGGGUUGCUGAGCCUGUGACUUCUCUGACUCAAAAUAUAAGAAUUUCCAAAGAUCUUCAAAACAGGGAGACAGCGUCUGGGUAACAAAUGGCAGGGAACCUGGACACCCUCUGCUCUCUUGAUUUGUGCCUUAUCUAAGGGAGCCUCUUCCAUGGGACUUCUUGGCCUCUUCUGUCUGCAGGAGACAGAGACCAGGCUAGCUCCUUUCCCUCACCUUUCUGCCUUUGGAAUACACAAAGAUUGUCUCUUCUAUGGAUCAUAUUGACAAACUGAAAUUUUUUGUUUUCCCAUUGAGCUGUUUGUUGACAAUUUUGUAAAUUAAUAUAAAUUUUUAAAUGAAAUUAAUUCAUUUUAUUCACAAUGGAUGGCAGCAUCUGCUGUUUCCCUUUCUUGGGGGGGGAGUAAGUGGUGGCAGAUUAAAGGGGGACAAGUCAAGGCUCCUGACUUAGCCUCUGAAUGAACUGAGUUCCUCCCAUCACACUGGGCUGCCGGCAGGAGGAAGACAGUCUGGUGGCCUUAUGUGUCUGGGAAGCUCUUUGUAGCCUUAAUGCCCCCUCUUAUCUUGAUCCUUCUUUUAUGCAGAACAGAGAACUGCAUUUAAUAAUAGUCAAUAUUUAAUAAUGCUAUUUAUUACUUACUGCUCAUCCAUAAUGAUCUAGUGGGGAAACAGGAUUGAUUCACUAAAAUAUUGAUUAAGCCACAGGCGUCAACUGAAGAUGCAAUAAACAGUCCAACCAAAGCCAUUACCAAUGUAGAAUUAGAUGGGACUCUCCUGGUAUCUGCACCUCUUCUCUUUACAGAGAAGAAAGAAGCAGGGAGAGAAAACCACUUGUCUCGGGUCACACUGCUGUAUACCGUAAUCUAUGCUCAAGUACCUCAUGGGCUGGAUGAAAAGACGGUCUUAAGCUUUGGGAAUUUAGAAAAAUACAUUUUAAUAAAUAUAUAUAUUUUUAAAAGUC